CACGAUCUACAUUUUUGUUAAAUAAAUUUGUUCUUUCAAGUUGUAUGUAGAAUUUAAAUUUACUUUCUCGUAGUUUUCCAUCGAAAUUGAGAAAAAUAUUAAGGAAUAAUAUUAAUUUAUUUUAUUCCGUCUAUAAGAUGAGUUUACUAUUAUAUCCAUUGGGUCUCUACUACUUACUUGCACCAUCGUCAGAGAAUUCAAAAAAUAAUAAUUCACAUAAAAUACUGAUGAGUACAGUUCAGGUAGUAAACGUCACGAAUACAACAUGCAACAUUUUUUGGAAUAAACCUAUAGAUGGUGAUGAAAACCUAAGUUAUGAUAUAGUUGUAAUUAAGGAUGGAGAGAAUUUGACUGCUUUCUCUCACACAACUUCUGAUACGGAAAUAUCUUUUAGAAUUCCAUACCUUGAACCUGGUUCUAAAUAUAAAAUUAUCGUGAUAUCUAAAAUUGACAACAAAGAGAUCACUAAAAACUCUACGGAUUGCAUUACUAUGCCUGAAAUAGAUGUACCUAAAAAUCACUCAUCAUGCCUAAACCGUUAGCAGAAUUCAAUUUUUACUAUAGUCAAGGAAAAACUUUAAACAUAAAUGCUAUCGUUUUUAACAUUUUAUUUAAUGUAUUAUUCUUGAUUUUUGAAUAAAUAUUCUUAUCUGAGAACAUA